CAUAUACAACAUAAAUUUAUAUAAAUCAUGACAUCGUUCCAUUCUUCCUCCACUUCCACCCUUCCAGCCGCUCCUGCUCCUUGUGAGCCAACCUUCUUCCCUUCCCCCCAUGAUUUGGCCUAGAAAUUCCUGCUUACAACUGCUGAUCCUCCACGUUCUUUUUUACUGCCAGCUAGGCAGCGCCUAUGACAUUGUACGGGAUUACUCGGGCAGCACUUUCUUCGACCGAUGGGACUUUUUUGGGAACUGGGAUAAUCUCACGUUGGGGGAUGUAUGGUGGCUUAGCAAGGCGGAUGCCUUUGCUCAAGGCCUAGCGUAUGUAAACAAUGCGGGGAAUGCAAUUAUAAAAGUCGACAACAUGCACAAUGUGGUGUAUGGCCAAAAGCGGAAUUCGGUACGGAUAACGUCCCAAGACAUAUACGAUGUUGGCAGCUUGUGGAUCAUCGAUGUCAAACAUAUCCCAUUUGGAUGUUCGGUUUGGCCCGCUUUUUGGACCAAAGGCUAUCAAGAUGAAUGGCCCGUGGGAGGCGAGAUUGAUAUAAUCGAAGCCAUUAAUCUGAUGCCCAAUAAUCAAAUGGCUCUACAUACGACAUCUGGGUGCCAGCAUGUUCCCGAAAACCUACAGUAUCAAAGUGGAGCAACUACUCAAACGGACUGUUCUCUCUCUUCUGGUUGUACGGUUCUCGAGUUGAAGGAAAACAGUUUGUACACUGGUCUCGCUGAAGCCGGUGGAGGGGUAUGGGCUACACAGUUCGACGUUUCUGGAAUUUUCAUCUGGUUCUGGAGCCGGCCGAACGUUCCUGCUUCGAUAUCUGCAACAACAGCAUCGACAGGCGUUGACCUUUCUGAUUGGGGACCGCCUUCCGCUAGCUACCCGGCGACUUACUGUAAUAUCCCAGAAUUCUUUUCUGCUCAGAACUUAGUCCUUGACAUAACUCUUUGUGGACAAUGGGCCGGCCUUUCAAAUUUGUACUUCCCUUCGUGCGGAUCUGGCACAGGCACAUGCUACGCCGACAGCGUUGUGGGGCCUGGUUCCACUUUCAAUGAUGCCUAUUUUGAAAUAUCCUACAUUCGCGCUUAUACUACUGGAGCACCUGCGCCCACACCGAAUGCGCUGGUGAGCAUUUCGACUUCGGCGCCCACCGGGCUUCCGACAAGCUUGCUGGUGCCUUCGACGCCUACGGCUUCGAGCCUGUUCUUCCCUGGAAGUGCAGAAGGCCGUCAGGCCAAUAUGAUGCGCGCGAUAGCCGCGAUUUUGCUGGUCGGAUUAUUUAACCUCUGGUUGUGAUUCAUGUUGCCUGCUUGCUAUGUUUUUCAUUUCGUGGUUGGGACUGACGUUUACGAUAUAGGAAAUGAUAUACGACGCCUAUAGACAGAUGUAUCAUUUUGGAUCUCUUUAGACACACCAUCUAGUUACGUUUACUCGUAUAGGUGGAUACGAUGUAUUCUUUAACGCACGAGUAAUAUCUACUCAGUCUGCUCACCCUUAUACUCAAGAUGCUUUGUCAAGAAUCAAGCUAAUCGAUUCUACACUAAUAAGCUGUAUUCUAGCUGUUGUCCUAUUAUCUAUCAUUAUUAUUC